AUGGACAAUAAAAAGGCAGCAGAGGAUCUGACUGAUUACUUUAAAACAUUCUUUGGGAACAAUCUUCAAAAAGAGCUACUGAAAGCUAACCCAUCCACUGAUGAUGUCUUGGCUCCCACCACUCACCUCAUCAGGAAGAGAAGAGAGGAGCUGAACAUACACAAGGCCAUGGAGGCCCUUCAAGAGGACUUUGCCAAGACCCUGAUGGCCCAGCGUGUCAGAGAUAAAGAGCUGAAGGAGAGGGAGGUUAACGUAAAGGAAUACCUCAGUAACUUCAACACAUUUCUCCAGGAGAAUAAAUUGAAAAACGGCCGUGCAUUGAAGACAGCAGUGAAGGAGAGAGAGCUAGCUCGUCAGAAAGCAGCGAACCUACUCACCCUGAGACAGGAGCUCAAGGCUCUCACUAAAGAGAGAGAAAAGAUUGGCGCUCUUGUAGAGAAACAUGAAAUCUACCCCCGCUUUCUAGAUAAAGUGGUCAAAGCCAGCAAGCAGUUCCAGGAGGCGUGGCAGGUGAUGUCCAGGGUGGACAGUCUGGUCCAGACCAGGGAAGAACUACUGAUUAGCAUCAAGCAGAACCAGGAGUGUUGUGAGACGGCCCGGACCCAGCUGACCCAGUACCUGGAGCAGAACGACGACCGCCUGCUGCACUACAACAACAGGCUGGCCAAGCUACAGAGGAUUCUGGACAGAGUACGCAGUGAGACCAUGCUAUGGGAGUCCCGGUGGGCUCACAUCCAGAAUUCGGCAACUACGAAGGCCAUGCUCCUGGGCACCAUCAAGAUGGCCACCGCCAACCUGUACCAGACUACCAGCAAGAAGGCCCAGGAUGGCUCUAGCCGUUGGAGUGAGGAAAUGGUUUUAAAGCGUGUGUACCACUCUCACGUAGUGGCAGUGUGGCCGUACCACUCUGACGUAGUGGCAGUGUGGCCGUACCACUCUGACGUAGUGGCAGUGUGGCCGUACCACUCUGACGUAGUGGCAGUGUGGCCGUACCACUCUGACGUAGUGGCAGUGUGGCCGUACCACUCUGACGUAGUGGCAGUGUGGCCGUACCACUCUGACGUAGUGGCAGUGUGGCCGUGUGGUUUUUCAGGGGACCCGAUGCAACCCAAACGCUGUUAG